AUGUCUGCAGCUGCUUUGUUUUGUAUGAGCUAUGGAUGGAAAAGCGUCAACCUCCCCUUCACCUGCAAAACGCAGUGGAGAGUCAAAGAAAUAGAAACAGAAGGAGAAGAAGAAUUUGCAAAAGAAAGCCCUGCGCAGGAGGUGCAUAAAACUGCUGGUCCUUCGAAUUUGACAGAGAGCAUGAACGUGCAGUCACAUACGUCCACUCCACCUCGUUCUACAAGAAACAGGAUAAAUUCUGUCAAUUUAGAGGAUUAUGAAAUAGAUAACAUAGACACAGAGGAUGCAGAUCUGAUGAGACAAACAUAUCGGCCAGCUACUAUUAAAGUUGAGAAUAACCCUAGCCAGGAUGAGCAAUCCAGUCCAAUGCAAGAGAAGAGGACAAGAGAUACUAUAUCUUUGCCAUGGCGAGAAGCACUUCGGCCUCGAAAGUCAACCAUCCGACAUUCUUCUCAAGAUUCUGAAGACCAGGAAUGCACAGAGGAGGAAGAUGAUAGAAAUAAAGGGGAGGCUAGGGAUGAAGGAGAGGAAGAUGAAGUUGAUGAAGUUGAGGAAGAGGGUGAGGAGGGUAAAGAACAAGAAGGAAGGAGAUGGUAUGCUCUCCAAAAUCGCACUGAGGCGAGGAGUUUUUCUCUUGAAAAAGAAGAAAAGCAACGACUGCAGUCUCCACCACGUAAAGUACUACAUAAAGGAAUGGGAAUAAAAAAUGCACAUGAUGCGAGACGAGGUGGCUCAAGGGCAGAAAAACAUCGUUGUGCACAAAGAGUUGAUGAUUCAGAUGAUUCUCUUCUUGUGGAUGAGAUGGAUCAGGGUCCUAUUGGUUCAUCAUCAUGGAUGCAUGUUGAUGAAACAGUGAGCUUUGAUGAUAUUGGAGGGCUUUCUAACCACAUUGAUGCAUUGAAAGAAAUGGUUUUUUUCCCUCUUCUCUAUCCUGAUUUCUUUGCAAAUUAUCACAUCUCUCCUCCAAGGGGAGUCUUAUUGUGUGGUCCUCUAGGAACUGGAAAAACGUUGAUUUCAAGGGCUUUAGCAUGUGCAGCUUCCAAGGUAGGACAAAAAGUAAACUUUUACAUGCGAAAGGGAGCUAAUGUGCUCAGCAAGUGGGUUGGGGAAGCUGAGCAGCAGCUGAAAUUACUUUUUGAAGAAGCACAAAGGAACCAACCAUCCAUAAUAUUUUUUGAUGAAAUAGAUGGUCUUGCCCCAGUGAGGUCUAGUAAACAAGAACAAAUUCACAAUUCUAUUGUAUCUACACUUCUUGCUCUAAUGGAUGGUCUAGACUCUAGAGGUCAACUAGUGCUUAUUGGAGUGACAAACAGGACUGAUGCUAUUGAUGGAGCUCUUCGCCGGCCUAGUCAGUUUGAUCGUGAAUUUGUAUUUUCCUUACCUGAUUGUAAAGCACAAGCUGAGAUAUUAAAGAUCCACACAAGAAAGUGGAAGAAUCCUUUAUCAAAGGAAUUAAGAAUGGAAUUAGCAAUAGCUUGUAUGGGGUAUUGUGGUGUUGAUUUAAAAGCUUUGUGCACAAAAGCUACAAUUAAUGCUUUCCGUGAGAAAUAUCCUCAAAUAUACACUAGUGAUGAUAAGUUUGUCAUAGAUUUGGAUUCUCUGAAAGUAGAGAAGCAUGAUUUCUUGGAAGCUAUGUCGACUAUUACUCCUGUUGCCCAUAGAUGUGCAACAGUACAGUCAAGGCCAUUGUCCCCAGUAAUAGCUCCAUGCCUACAAGGACAACUAAAAAUAAUCAGUCAUUAUAUUUCUGACAUCUUCUACGUAGUGGCCAAGGGUGAUAAAAAAGAUUCGCUGAAUGAUAGUUCUCACCAUCUUGCCAAGUUACUUGGAUUUCCCUAUGGUUCUUCAAUUCCAUUUUUUUAUAGACCAAGACUUCUACUCUGUGGGAAGGAGGGUGCUGGCUUGGAUCACAUUGGCCCUGCAGUUUUACACAAAUUAGAGAGGUUCCCUGUGCAUUGUCUUGGGCUUCCAUCACUUUUGUCUGACCCAAGUGCACGGACCCCUGAGGAAGUACUAGUACACAUUGUGGGAGAAGCAAGGAGGACUACUCCUUCGAUCUUGUAUCUGCCUCAACUUCAACUUUGUUACCAAGUAGAAAAACCAAGUUUAGAUGAUAGGUGUAGAUUCAUCUCGCAACUGGUUGAUGUUGUUCUUACUAUCCCUGAUCAACAAGUAGUAAUUACUCCUAAAAAGAAUGUUUCUAAUCCUGAACUUCCAAAGGUACCAAAAGCAGCAAGAGGACCAAGUGAAACUGAGCUACAUGCCAAGGUAGAAGCAGAGGAGCAUGCUAUUCAACAACUCCGAAUGUGUCUUUGGGAUAUUCUUGGCAUGCUUUCCCAAAUGGAUCCUGCACUAGUUGCCUUUUGUGAUAAAAUUGCUGCUCAGGGUGGGCCAACUCGUUUGUCAGAGGAUUCAACUACAAAUUUUCCUUCGAAUCCUGUUGCUCAACCAGUUCAUAUUACAAGAACAAGUGAAUGCUUACGCAACGUUCAGCCUGAUAUGAAUGUAUCUCAAAGUUACGAGGGCUUGAAGCGCUCAAAGCAGAAUAGUGAUCCUGAUCAAGGUAAAGUUGUGGCUGGGGACUCGGAUCCAUUUGCUGAGGACAGAUCACAACCCAUGGAGAUUGAUACUCCUGGGCAGAAUACUCUAUAA